UCGCUUGCCCUCGCGUGUCGGUUCCAGCGACAUGUUUCCGGGGGGAGAGGUUUCAAUGUAACACCACAACAUUGAGCUAUCAGACAGCACAGUCCCUCCUGUCUGUUUCUAUCCCUCCAUCCUUCUCUCCUACCUUUCCCUGGUAGCAGCAUGGUUCUGUCUGCAGCCAGGCAGCACCUCCUCGGGGGCAUUCGGCUUGGUGCCUGUGGGCAGCACCUCCUCAGGGGCAGUCGGCCUGGUGCCUGGGGGCAGCACCUCCUCAGGGGCAGUCGGCCUGGUGCCUGGGGGCAGCACCUCCUCAGGGGGAUUGGAUCAGUUUACACCGCUGCCAAGGGGUUCCAGGAGAUCAGAGAGAAACUCCAAGCUUUCCCUGGGGGAUCUAUAGACCUUGUCAAACAGGAGUCGGGCAUCGCGGUACUGACCGUCAACAACCCUGCUCGCAUGAACGCUUUCUCUGGUUCUAUGAUGGUGGAGCUGGAGGAGAGGGUGUCCCAGCUAGAGGAGUGGACGGAGGGCAAAGGUCUCAUCAUCCAGGGGGCUGCUGGAACAUUCUGCUCUGGGUCAGAUCUCAACGCAGUCAGGGCUAUAUCCAACCCUCAGGAUGGGAUGAAGAUGUGUACGUUCAUGCAGAAUGCCUUGACCAGACUACUGAGGUUACCUCUGUUGUCUGUAGCUCUGGUGGAAGGGAACGCACUGGGGGGAGGAGCUGAACUCACUACUGCCUGUGACUUUAGGUUGAUGGCGCCGGGCAGUGUGAUCCAGUUUGUCCAUAAACACAUGGGUCUGGUCCCUGGUUGGGGCGGUGCAGCUAGAUUGGUACGCAUCGUAGGCGGCCAGAACGCCCUGAAGAUGCUGGGUGGCGCUUUGAAAAUAGACCCAGAGAUGGGGCUUCAGAUUGGGCUUGCGGACGGGGUCCUGGAAGGUUCCCUGGCUGGGUCUGGAACCAAUGCCCUCCUGGAGGCAGAGCAGUGGUUGGGAUGCUACACCGCAGGUCCAGCCCCGGUCAUCAGAGCCAUAAAGAGCGUGGUGGUGUCUGGGAGAGAGCUCCCCCUGGAGGUGGCCCUGAGGACUGAGAGGGACGUGUUCGGGACAGUGUGGGGAGGACCGGCUAACCUACAGGCUCUGGCCACUAAGGCCAAACACAAGUGAAUGAACUAGUCUUGCGAUUACAUUGUAGUCUCGUCCUAAUGUUCUGGAGAAACCUAGAACGUCUGGAGUGGAAGUCGUGAACCAACCCACACUGAGACUGAACUGGAACACGAGGAUGGGCUGUAGAGGGUCUGAACUCAACCAGAACACACUGAACUAGUGUAUUCAUUCUGACGAUUCUGUUGCAAAAAAAAAAAAAAGGGUCUCUUAAAAACAGAAGCAAACGAAUCCUUCUUGUAUUUGUCCAAUAGCAACUAUAGUUUUAGUUGGGAAAUGUUUGGGAUGAAUGAAUACAUCCCUGGACUGUGCUCUGGGAAUUUGACAGUAUGCCAGAUUUAUAUUGCUGUGCUGUGAGUGGCCACUAACAAUCAAUUAUUUCAGUGAAGGAAUUGUUGCCGACUGUUGGGACAAUUAUAUGGGCCCAAGUCCUUUUAAAAUGGGAAAAUUAUAUGUGCCCAUCUAAAAGUGGUGAUGUAAUAUGUAUCAGUGGAGAGUCCGAUACACUAGUUGUGGUGAUGUAAUGUGUAUCAGUGGAGAGUCCGAUACACUAGUUGUGGUGAUGUAAUGUGUAUCAGUGGAGAGUCCGAUACACAUUACAUCACCACAACUAGUGUAUCGGACUCUCCACUGAUACACAUUACAUCACCACAACUAGUGUAUCAGUGGAGAGUCCGAUACACAUUACAUCACCACAACUAGUGUAUCGGACUCUCCACUGAUACACAUUACAUCACCACAACUAGUGUAUCAGUGGAGAGUCCGAUACACUAGUUGUGGUGAUGUAAUGUGUAUCAGUGGAGAGUCCGAUACACUAGUUGUGGUGAUGUAAUGAUUAUCAGUGGAGAGUCCGAUACACUAGUUGUGGUGAUGUAAUGUGUAUCAGUGGAGAGUCCGAUACACUAGUUGUGGUGAUGUAAUGUGUAUCAGUGGAGAGUCCGAUACACUAGUUGUGGUGAUGUAAUGUGUAUCAGUGGAGAGUCCGAUACACUAGUUGUGGUGAUGUGAAGAUGGUAUUGUGCCUUUGUGGGUCUACUACAGUCCAUUAACACCAGGGGUGACUGAACACCAGGGGGCGACCCAACACCAGGGGGCGGGCCCAACACCAGGGGGCGGACCCAACCAGGGGGCGGACCCAACACCAGGGGGCGGACCCAACACCAGGGGGCGGACCCAACACCAGGGGGCGGACCCAACACCAGGGGGCGGACCCAACACCAGGGGGCGGACCCAACACCAGGGGGGGACCCAACACCAGGGGGGGGACCCAACACCAGGGGGGGGACCCAACACCAGGGGGGGGACCCAACACCAGGGGGGGACCCUCUUCAUUACAAUGCAAGCUUGAUGUAGAUGAAGAAAAAAAAACACAAGUGCCCACAUUUCUUAUUCUCUUCCACAAUGUCUUCCAUUGUACUACAAUUACAUGUCAAUGACUAAACAUAUGACAAAAACAA